ACUGCUCAGGAAUAACGAGAACUGAAAAUUUCUAAAGCCAUCCCAUAUAUACUUAUACAAUCCGGAUUAAAGCCACCAUAGUAACUAGUGAAAUUCCUUGAAUUAAACAGCCACACAAGAACACAUGCAAAGCAAUGAGUGCUCCAGUGUCAGUAUUCAAGGCAAAAGCUGCCCUUUUUGCCCCACCACUAUUACAGAUUACAGUGCUGUUAACUAUUGUCCUGCCACCGCCAGCUGCGAAAGCCACAAGCGGUUUACGUGUACCCACCUUUAUACAGGAACCCACGCCUCGACUGCUCUUUAGCAACGAUACUGGUACACAGGUUACAUGCACAGCACACGGCAAUCCUCAGCCGGUUGUGUCAUGGGUGCUUAAGGAUGGCACAAUGGCAACUCAAGUACCAGGGCUCAGAAAAAUUGCUGGCAAUGGUACCUUAUACUUCCCACCGUUCCUGGCGCAGUAUUAUCGCACAGACGUACAUGAGACAACCUACCGAUGCCGUGCAACCAAUGAAGCCGGCACAAUAUUGAGUCGCAAUGUGCAGGUGCAAGCAGUGGUGCGACGGCAGUACCAAGUGCAUGUGGAGAACUCGGAAGUGUAUUUGGGGAACUCGGCGUUGAUUAAAUGCGCGAUGCCUGACUAUGUGCGCCCGUAUGUUAAGGUGACCAGCUGGCAGCGUGGCGAAGAAAUUUUAUUACCGGAUCUGUCGGAUGUUGCUGGUCGAUACAUAGUGCUGUUGUCGUCCGGUGACCUUUAUAUACGGUCCGUGCGCACUGAGGACAGUUUAGUUAAAUUUGCCUGCUUGGCAACCAACACAUUGAAUGGUGAAAGACAACGCAGUGAAGCUGUGAUGCUGCAAGUGAAAGAAUUGAGCACAAACCUAGCUCCACGCACCACACAGAAGCCUGUAAUGGAGAUUCACGUGGAACGUGGCAACGAUGUUCAUUUGCCAUGCAAUAUACAAGGGAAUCCUUUUCCCAUAUUUACGUGGUAUCGCGUUUCUGAUUCCUCAGCCUUGUAUCCGAUCCCGUCUUCACAGCGAGUCAUACUGUCGCGUACAUUGUUGCUCAUCAAAAAUGCUGAUGAACGUGAUGCGGGAAAAUGGAUAUGCCAAGCUUCAAAUCAAUUUGGUGAGCAACGCAUUGAGAUUCGUUUAUUGGUGAACUCGUAUGUUUCGGUGCAUAUUUUGCCACAAGUUCAGAUUGUCAACUCAGGCGGAACGGCCAUUUUCAAUUGUUCCACGACGGGUUCAGCGAUCGAUGGCAUCGAGUGGCUGCACAAUGGCACACCCUUGAAAGAAAAUAAUGCACUCAGCACCGGCAGAGACAAUUUACGUUUUCUAACAAGGGCGUCCCUCAUGAUACUAAAUGUGGGCCGUCGGGACCGGGGUGCCUAUCAAUGCCUGGUUGAAAACCACAAAGCAAGUGCACAGGCAAUGGCCGAACUGAAACUGGGGGACACUGUGCCUGAACUGAUUUAUACAUUCAUCGAGCAAAAUGUACGUCCGGGACCAUUAAUAUCCCUUAAGUGCUCGGCAAGCGGUUCACCGCCACCACAAUUUGCGUGGCUACUGGAUUCUCAGCCCAUAAUGGAUGUUUCCUUGCAUCAUCGCUUUGCAAUUGGGCAAUUUGUCGAUAUGUCUGGCGAUGUAAUAAGUCAUUUGAAUAUCUCCCAUGUACGGCCGGAUGAUGGUGGACUCUAUAAAUGCAUUGCUACAAAUUCUAUGGGUAGUGUGGAGCAUGCAGCGAGACUAAAUGUGUAUGGGCCACCAUAUGUACGUGCUGUAGGUCCUAUAAAGGCUGUGGCAGGCGAAGAUAUAAUAGUCCACUGUCCGUUUUCCGGUUAUCCCAUUGAACAAAUUAGAUGGGAGAAAGGACAUCAGGAAUUGACAACAAGUUCACAUUAUUCGUUGUCAACCGUGCAGCAAGGUGGACAUCUUAUUAUCAAGAGUGUGGAACCAACACGGGAUCAAGGCAUGUACACUUGCAUUGUACGUAGUCGUGCCGGGGAAGAAGCUCGUCGUGACAUGCAGCUCAAUGUGAAUAGUCCACCGGUUAUUGAGCCAUUUAAAUUUCCUAAAAAUCUUCAAGAGGGUGGACGUGCACAAAUCACUUGUGCUGUAUCUUCGGGUGAUAUGCCAAUUUAUUUUAGUUGGAAAAAAGAUGAUAUGGCAAUACCAACUAGUUUGCAGAUAACAGAGAAAAAAGAGGAAUUCUACUCGUUGUUGGUAUUUAAGGAUAUUAGCGCUAAGCACAGCGGUAAAUAUACGUGCUAUGCGAGCAAUGCAGCGGCUAAGGUGAAUUUCACCGCAGAGUUGCAAGUUAGAGUUGCCCCACGCUGGUCCUACGAACCCAUGGAUACAGCCGUCAUGCUUGGCAAUGCAAUAUCGAUAAAUUGUGAAGCGGAAGGAUAUCCGAUUCCGGCGAUUACCUGGUACAAGGGACAGGGCAAAUCCUCCAAGGAAUUUAAGGCUUUAAAUAUGCGCAAUCAUUCACUGGUGCUAAAUCUUGCCACUGACAUAGAUGAGGGUUACUAUAAAUGCGAAGCCACGAAUAAUAUUGGCGCUGGCCUUAAAAAAAUCAUACGCAUCAAUGUUAAUGAACCGGCACGUUUCGAGCAACCAUCACGCAAUGUCUCCUCUCGUCGCAAUGACCCCGUCACGCUAAAUUGUCAAGCUAAAGGCGACGAGCCCAUCACAAUAGCUUGGACGCACAACAAUGGACGCAUUGACCUGAAUAAUUUCCGUUUUAGCAUAGCGGAAAUGAAAACGGAAAAGGGCGUCGACUCGCAGUUGACAAUUGCGCGUUCGGAUCGUCAUGAUUCGGGCGUAUACAAAUGCAUUGCUGAAAAUCCCUAUGGACGCGAGGAGCAAAUUAUAUUUCUUGCAGUACAAGAACGUCCGGACACACCAUCCAAUCUUGAAGUAUUUGAAGUGGGUUCACGUACAGUGAAGCUAUCAUGGCGUCGACCAUUUGAUGGCAACUCGCCUGUGCUAAGUUAUUUGGUGCAAUAUCAACCGCUGAAGUAUUUGCAGUCGCAUGCAGCUCUGGGCAUAGUUGGCGGCGACUGGAGUGGACCGAACAUAAUCAACGUUAGUCUGCCGUCAACAAGCAUAAGUAAAAGUUAUGAUAGCGAUUUACGUGAAAGUGCAAUUGUGUCCGGUUUGACUCCGGCCACUACAUUUCUCAUACGCAUGCAAGCCAUCAACGAAAUUGAACGCAGUCCAUUCACUGAUCCAAUCGUACUAAAAACUCAAGAAGAGGCACCCACUGAGGCGCCAUCUAAUGUACAAGUUCAAACUGGCGGAGAGAGUGAUUUAAUUGUCACAUGGCAGAUACCACCUCGCGAAUCUUGGAAUGGUGAACUCAUUGGUUACACGGUGAACUGCAGCGAGGAGAAACAAAACUUGAACUACAUUAGCGUUGUCAAUAAUUCAUUGAAGUCGGUGAUUGUGAGCGGCUGGGCCACCACGAAAGCAACACUACGUGGUCUACGUAAAUACACCAGAUAUGCGGUAACUGUGCGCGCUUUGAAUAGUUUCGGCUCGGGUCCAUGGAGUGCUGCCAUAUUCGGUACAACAGCUGAGGGUGUGCCUGAAGCACCACCACAACAUGUCAAUUGUACGGCACUAUCGUCACAAAGUCUGAAGAUAUCCUGGCUGGAGCCGCCAUUGCAAUUUCAUGGUGGCAUAAUUCAAGGCUAUAAAAUUUUAUACCGUCCAAUUGUGAAUCAAAUUGAUUUUCCUGCUAAAAUGGAAGUUAAGCGUACCUCCAAUCUGGAAACCUAUUUGCACACUUUACAUAAAGCCACAAACUACUCGUUACGUGUGCUGGCAUACACAGCGACAGGAGACGGCAUGGCCAGUCAACCAUUAUACUGUCAGACAGAGGACGAUGUGCCUGAUGCACCAGCGUCCAUAAAAGCAGCUGCCUUGACGGCUGAUUCGAUUUUGAUAUCAUGGCUGCCACCAAAAAAUCGCAAUGGCAUCAUAUCCCACUACACCGUCUACUCACGUGAGGCAGGUCGUAAAGGACAAGCAAAAUCCCAUAUGGUGCGAGUGGACGAGAAUGGCUAUCCGGUGACAUAUGAAGCGCGUGGCUUGGCAGAGAAUCAAAUGUACGAAUUUUGGGUAUCAGCUUCGACGUCCGUUGGUGAAGGUGAACCGACUUCUGUGGUUGCACAAGCCACAAAUACACGAGCGCCAGCACGUAUCGCUUCGUUUGGUCAAGUGGUGCGGAAAGCGGUCGGUACCGGCUUAAUUUUAGAAUGUCUGGCCGUAGGCAAUCCAACGCCACGGGCCAGAUGGCUGACCAGAGACCGACCAGUGACAUUUAGCCCAUUCUAUGAAGUUACCAAUGAGGGCAAUCUGAAAAUACAUCGAGUUGAAGGCAGCUUGUCCGGAAAUUACACUUGCACAGCAAACAAUCUUUUCGGAAGUGACGAAAUUCAGUAUCAGGUGAUUGCAAUGAAACCACCUGCCGCCCCCCAAAUCAUCGUACAAUAUGCAUCUGCUGACAGUAUACGUGUUAGCUGGGAUCCACCAGACGAUGGCGGCGCUCCAUUACAGGGUUAUACUAUAUCGUAUCGCAUAAGUGGUGAAACCUGGUCACAAACCGAACUGAUGCCCGAGAACAACGCUUAUACGAUAACUGGCUUAAAGUGUGGCAAUCAGUACAUAAUUAAAAUGUCAGCACACAAUAUUGUUGGUGACGGCUCAGCUAGUGAGGAAAUUAAUGUCUGGACGAAGGGCAAAGUAUCGCAAGCGCCAAACGGCAACGAGCUAAUUGCCACAAAUGCGACGUGCGUUAAUUUGAAGUUGUCAUCCUGGAACAAUGGCGGUUGUCCAAUUCAUCAUUUUUCCAUUGAACAUCGGCCGUUGGGGGACAUUCGUUGGACAGUUGUUACUUCUGACAUAUCGAACGCUGAAGAGAAUCGUGAAAAUUUAAUAUUUUGCGAUUUCCUGCCAGCCAAAUGGUAUCAGUUGCGUAUAUCAGCUACGAACGAUGCUGGCAAAACCACCGAACAUUACCACUUUUCCACAACGAAUCUGGAUGGUGUAACUAUUCCACCACCUUCAGUUUUCCCAUCGGAAAAUGAUUUGAUGAACAAUCUGAUAAAUGCGACAAAUCCCACCAACGGUGAUUGGUUCUCAACGUUAAUAGUAAUUGUCAUUAUAACCGUGGCCAUUAUCACAAUUGCUUUAACAAUUAAGCAUAGACGAACAUUGUGCGGUCCAAUGGCCGAGGGAUACGAGUCAAGAGCUCUGCCGGGUGAUUACAAAGAAGACCACGACAAUCGACGCAAUCAGCAAGUGUACAGUGCAUCACCUGUAAAGACAGUAGACAAGGCAAAUGAAUCAGAAAUGUAUGAGAUAUCGCCAUAUGCAACAUUUAGUGUAAAUGGUGGGCGUACAGGUGCACCAGCUAAAACACCACCCUCUCGUGGUGUUACUGCAACUCCAUUGGAUUAUACAAUGCAAUUCAAAACAUUUGGUCAUCCCGAAGGAGACAAUCUUAAUGCAACUGCAUAUCCACUUUUGCCAAGCUCUGGUUUUGGACAUGUAAAAUCAAAAUCUAGUUGGCAUAAGCAACGUUAUUUCAAUACAGAUGAUGAAUCUACACUUUCUAAAUCGAUGACAAUGGUAGCGGGUUCACAGUCAGGACAUUCUAAGAAAUCAACACGAAAUGAUGGUAGUCGUGGAAAUAAAAGUAAUAGCAGCAGUAGUGGUGGCGCUAAUGCAGAUGGACAUUGUGAAUCGGAGUCCGAUACUAGUAUUAGUCCUAGCACUGAGUUCUCUAAUAUGCCUACGUAUAGAGUUCCUUGUAAGUCAACGCGUGGCAAUGAUGGACGUGUUGCAGUAGAUAUGUUUCGACCUGACUCGAGUACGGAGUCUAAUAAUGAUCAGGCUUCACCUGUAGAGAGACGCAUCAAUACUCCGCGUCAUAUUGGCAAUAACAGUGGUAGCAGUGGCAAUAGUGGUAUUCUCGUUAGUGGUGGAAAUGGCGGUCCAACUGCUGUUAUUGUAGAUAAACGAGGUCAUCGCAGUCGCAAAACAUUGUCAACGAAAGACAACCAUUCCCUGGAUAGGCGAUUGUGCCCCGGAAGUAACAACAGUUUAGACAGUGAGGUUAACUCCGACACAGCGGCCUCAUUGGCUGCCACCAUUGUAGCGGCCGGAGCUGGGGAUUUGGGUUUUCGUCCACCGUCGGGUUUUACAGAUUCACGUGAAUUUAGCGAAGCGGAUUUAGACUUGGAAGUGCAACGUGUAAUGGAAAACACCGACGGACAAUUGGCUAAAAUGGAUAGGGAGGAAUUAACUUCACUGUUGGCAAGGUAUCAUGAGAAGAAGGAACAGGAGCGGCAAGAAUAUACAAUACAUGUUUGAAAAUAAA